AUGGCGGGGCAGUUGCGGAAAGAACAGACAUACGGGUGGUACCCGUCUGUCAGAGACAUCUACCUCAGCAAGAAUCAGCCCAUCCCAUAUCAUUUGGAAUGUCUCUACAAGUUCAAGGAGUCGGGCUACUACAAUCCCAAAGCAGAGCCUCCUGAGUCCACCAUCCGUAUUGGGAUACCUGCACCUCCAUCUUCUCGUCCAUCCACAGCCACGUCCAGCACCGGAAGUAGCGGCCGCGCGUCUUCGAGGCGAGCUAAGAGCGUGCCUGUCCCCAAGUUCACGCCUGUCCCCACCCUCCACAUUCCGACCCCCGCACAGUGUUGGUCGGCCCGGUUGUCCGAGACCCCCUACGGCGUGUUCGACCCCAACACCCCGACCUCUUCCAUCCCCAAGGGUGGCCUUGCCGCGGAGAAAGAAGAGAAGCGGGUGUCCACGGUCUCUUGGCCUGCUCAAAAGAUUGUUGGCAAGCUACGUCUUCGUGCCCAACGGGGAUGGCACCUGCCAGGUGUACUCUCCUCCCGUCGUGUGGCCCCAAGCUUCCCCGGUCCCUCCAACUCCGCAACGGUCGGCAUCGUCCAGAGCCACCAUCGGCAGCGCGGAAGGCGCAGACAUGCGGCAACAGCUGUGGCAGCGAUAUACGCAGCAGCAGCAGCAGGCACAGCAGGAACUGCAGCAGAAGCAACAGCGAUUCGAAGAAUACGUCGGACAGCUGCAGCAGCAGCAGCCACCGUACCUCCAGCGACGACCAGCGGCAGACAGGAGCGGGUCAAGAGCGCAUGCUCCUUCCGAGCCAAGCCCUUCAUUCCUCAGCGACCCAUCCACUCUGCUGGGCCCACCCGCCCUCCAGCGCAGACCGGCCACUCGUACAGCCAGCGGUGGAAGGGAGAUGAAGUCACCGGGGACAAGCUGAAAGCACAACCCAAAGCCGGCAAGACGACGAAGAAGAAGGUUCAGACCAAAGCUGCGAAGGUCGUGCCCGAAGAGCAAACCAAAAUCGUCGUCACCACCUGGGACGAAAGAAAGGUGCCCAACGAUGCGGAACCGCUUGGAAGGAUGCAGCCUCCCAAAUCUCCCGUUAGUGCAGAACGUUUGGCGACUAAGGAGAACCUUGGCACCGGCACCAGCUACGAGGAGGUGGUAGCGAAAUAUGGAUGGAGAGCGGAAGUGCAUGGCGAUCCUUACAACAUUAAGAAGAUCACUGAGCGAAAAUCAUAUUGCAUUAAGUGUGAGGAGCCGGAAAUACCACCAGACCCUCCUGGCGUUCACAUGGAAAACAAAGAAACGUUUUUCCUCAACACCAUCCCGCGGAGACCAGCCACGUUUGAUGUCCACCAGGAGUGGAUAUCGGAGACAAUUCAUGCCAAGCGUAUGGCGCUGCAGAAGAAGGAAGGCUUCCGAACACGGUGGAAAAAUUUCGCCUUUGCUUACUGAUGUACAGAAUUGUUGUUUUUUUUUAAAAUAUUGUUACAGAGAAGGUAUUUGACGGACAUCUUGACUUUUGACAGAGAAAAUUUAGCAUUCUUCUGUGGAUGCUUAGGGUUAUUUUUCGAUGUUUUUCACCUGUUCAGUCAGAGGUACAGUCCUGUUCAUUUGACACACACACGAAACAAAAAACUUUGACUGGAGACAGUGUAUCAGAUUCUUUACUAACAAACAUAUGGUCGAGUUGGUUCAAGGGAGAGCAUCUACAGUUUAUGAAGCCGGAGGACCAAAAGUUGUCUCCAGUAGUUGACAAUUACUGGCUUUGCCCCUUAAUUCUUUCUUGCAUAAAAUGAGACAAAGUGCAUAGUUAAAUGCAGUGCAAUGUCUAAGUAGAAGAUUUUCAGGUGUUUUUUUUUUGUUUUUUUUGCACAAAGAAUCAUCUUUACUUUAUUUAAAGUGACAAGAGACUUCAGGGUCAACACACAAAACGUUUUCAAAUGAUUCAGCACUGUUAGCAGUGUUUUACUGUUUAUUUGAUGAUUGUCAGCAAUUGUUACUGGCAGUGUUGUAAUGAAUGUGGCACAACACUGGCUUUUAUUUUGAUAAAUGUAUAUUUUUGAGGGGGAUUUGGAAAUUUAUUUUUGUUCUAGAUUAGUGAUGGGACCGCAAGUAUCGACGCUUAGCAUAGAAUUUACUGAACAGACUGCUUAUAACUUUUAUGGCUUCUGCGUAUUUUUAAAUUUGCCAUGUUUUAAACAAUAAAUUCAAUUUUUAUUUUUUUUAACAUUUUGCACUUCACUUUUUAGGGUUUUUUUUUUUUAGAUAUAGAUAUGAUUCCUUAUUAAAAAUGUUGGCUAAUUUGAUAACUGUUAUGUGCUGUUUUUUCAGCCAUGACUUGCAAAUCAAAACCACAUUAGCUGUUGAAAGAUUUAUUGUCGCAAUGUCAGCUGUGAUAUGCACUAUAAACAAAGAAAUCUGUUUAUAAGGGCUCUGUAUAUAAAAUGUUCACAUUUUUUCUUCAAGGUUAUUUAAUGUACUCAAAAAAUCUUUUCAUAUUUUCAACGACUAUUGUUUAAUCUUACUUGAAAUUGAUAUCCAAGUUUUUAUGCAUGCUUUAAUUAUGCUUGACCUCAGGUGUACACUCAUUAAGAAGCGAUCUUUUUUGAAUCCGCCAUGCCAUUUAUUUUACGCAAUACAUUGUGACUGUUAUAGAGGAAUAGGAACAGCCAUGUUUCAUCAGCACGUAUCAGUUGUCUGCUUUGUCUGGCACAAGAGCAGAAUCUAUGUCACUAUUAGUUUUUUACUCACCACUAUGAAAUAUAUAAUGCUUCUCAAAACCACCCUGUGUACCUGUACUUUGCUUUGCAGCUAACAGUGUUUAGGCACCAAAAUAUCCACAAGCAAUUGCAAAGCUUGAAUCCAUAAUUUUCAGGUCACAUUUUGUCAUUGUUUCAAGUGGCAGUGGAAAACAUCCCUUGAUGAACAUUUUUACUAAUUGUAAUCUAUUUCUAUUAAUUGUGAAAGCCCAAAUCCUUAAGUUAGGCACUUCAAGAAAAUGUUUUUUUUGUUAAAAUAAGUGUGACCUUGUUUGAAUCACAAGUCAUAAUAAUAUGAAAUUAACAUUUAAACUAUUUUUUAAAACAGUCACACCUAAGAACUGUUUUUCUGUCCUAAAAAAUGUGACAUACAUUCUGUGCCAGCAUCAUUUUUGUUUCCCAAGAAUAGUUCCCAGAUGUACGUGUAUAUUCCUUUUCUUUUUUCAAAGUACAGCUAAGAUAUUUUUAUAUCUGCAAUAUGGCUUGCAUGUUUGUAACGAAUGUUAUUCAGCUCCUCAGUGGCCAAGAACCUGGGAUGUUUAUGUUGGCAGGUACAAUACACAUUGAAUAAUUAUAAAUCACGAAUUUCACAAAAGCAAGACCACAAUGACUUUUUAUGUUAGAUUUUUUUUUUAUUCCUUAUUUCUAACAGGGUAGAUGGAAAGAAUAGCAAGAACUUUACAUUCUAUGCAUAAGGCCAGAUACAGAAUUUCUGCUUAGCAGUUCAUGCUGUGUUUAAUGAACGUUUGCAUGCAUCAUAUGUAAAAUGAAAACUUUCAUUUCUAAACAGUU